AUAUACACAUAACGAAUCUCUAUCAUACGCAAUAAAAUAAUACACUAAGAAAAAAAUGUCUAUUUCCGCAGAAGGUGCUCAGUUCCUAGAGCAGGUAGACCAGAAACCGGAUGUGCAUCGCCUCCCUAGUGGGAUGAGGUUCAAAAUUAUCACGAAGCCUCAAAACGUUAACAACGCAAAGUCACCGACAGUGGCCGACAACUGCUCCGUACACUACCAUGGCACUUUAACCAACGGCAAAGUGUUCGACUCCUCGAUGGAACGAGGCAAACCCACGACUUUUGCGCCUAAUCAAGUCAUUAAGGGUUGGACGGAAGCCCUGCAGUAUAUGGUGGAAGGUGAAGAGUGGGAGGUGUAUCUACCCCCAAAUUUGGCGUACGGCUCCCGCGGCGCCGCAGGCGUCAUUCCGCCCGAUGCGACUUUGAUUUUUAAAAUCCGUCUGCUAAAGGUGCUACAGGGCGGCAAAAACGGCAGCGUGGCACACGAAAAUCUUGAAAAGGCCAUUGGUAAGAGCUACCCAGAUUUGUGAUAUAUAUAUAUAUAUAUAUAUAAUUCUAUUUAUUUGCAAACAUAAGUUGUUUAUUGGCUAAAAAAAGUAAAGUGAUAGCAAUAAUAAAAACCUUGCAUCAAUGUGCUUUCACCAUAAACAUACAAUCGAUUGGAUCCUUUAUUCUGUCUCCUGAAAAGUAAAGUCUUCUACCCAGUUUUUUUUUUCAGUGAUUGCCUGUAUGGGGGAUCGGAAUAGUCGUUGUGCUAGUCAAGUUUAUUACUAUGAAUCUUUCUCGAGGACUCUCUAUUUUUAAGCUUCAGUAUGUGAAACGGAAAAAUGAAAGAGAAUGCUGAUAGUAUGUUAAACUGAAUCAAGGAUUAAAUAGAUGUUUUCAAUAAAAGAAGGCAAGAUGGGAAAGCUGGUCAAGUGUAUGAAAAUGGCAAUGGUAAAGCGAAAUUUAUUGAAGAUGUUAUGCUAUUUACUAUAUCCACACAUGAGGAUAGCAUAAACUAUGUUUCAAUAUAGUUGAUAUUUCCUUA